AUGGCAGGCAGUUUUCCAUACUCAAUACUGGUAGACCAUCACAACGAGCUCAAAGGCACCAUAUUGCAUCAUGUGUGGUGUUGGAAAAUAUGCUUUAUCAUCUAUGCCAGCUUUCAUGCUCGACUUCUAGGCCCAAGCAUGCUCGUUAAGACACAGGUAAAGAGCAAGCGUAACUGUGUCAACAUAGUCACUGCUCUGCAUGCUGUACUUCAAAUUUUAUCAUCCUCGCGGAUGGUUUCCUCUGAAAUCUAA